AUGGAUUCUUCUGUCGAUCAGUCGGCACACGCCCAGAUGCAAAUUGAACUUGACUACAUCCCCUUUAGCGACAUCGACGACCAAGAGUUGUGUGGCUUACACCACGAACUCGCCGCACCUCAGCCAGAGCGGCCGAGUUUCACCACCCUCAUCAACGCGCAACCCGUCCAAACAUUUGUUCCGGAUCAGCUCCACGAGCAAACGCAAGCGGGAAAGAUGCAUCAAGCCGCCCGCCAAGUCAAAUGGCCUCCUCGCACCCGCGCGGCAACUCGGAAUUCGCUACGAGGUGGCAUAGAAAAGAGUACGGCCAAGAAUCGAAAGGGCAAAGUCGCCGACUGGAAGCUCUCGGUCGAGCUGGAUCGUCUUCUCGUCGGCGACGACACAUCCGCUGCCUCGGCACCCCAUUCCCGCGUCCUCUACUGCAUACAGCACCCCUUGCGAGCGGUACUUCACGGAAUUCCAGGCCUCACAUAUGACACCGAGCUCGACAGUGUCUCCUUUCGGAAGCAUAGGCGCGUUCUGUUCGGCAUCGAGAGACUCACGGAGGAAGGCGGACGGGGCGCCGCCAAGGAGUGGCUCGAGGGCUUCCUCCUGCUCAUUUUCGAGACCAUGGGCAAGGUCAUGGACAACUAUCCCAUGUGCAAAGACUUGGACGAUGUCCCCAACAUGUUUGUGACUAUGGCCCGGGAGAUGGAGAGAGUCAUCAGCAACCUUCCGUACAGCCCUACCUUAAGGGCUCGGCGUGCCAUGGAGAGACGGCUUUGCCACAGCCAUGACUUGCGAAAGCUGACGGAGUGGACCCUGGAAGCUCGUCAACGCUUCCUCGAGUCGGGACCCAAGGUCAUGCCUGGCUUCGGCGUUUUUGGGCAGAUCACGGCGCAGAAGGGAACCGAGUUGGAGGAGCAACUAUGGGCGGCUAUCGACACUCGUAACACCGGCUCAUCGACCACGAGACUUUAA